AUGAUUCAACAGCCUCAACAGCAACAGCAACAACCUCAACAACCUCAACAACAACAGCCUCAACAGCAACAGCCUCAACAGCAACAGCCUCAACAGCAACAGCAACAACCUCAACAACCUCAACAACAACAAGAGCGCCAGCAGCAAGAGAAUCAACAACCUCAAUCCCAACGUAGACGUCAUGUUUUAGUUGAGGAAAUAGAACAAAUGGACUUUGGGUUUGACGGCUAUUAUGAUUCUGAUCCAGAGCCGAGAGGUGUCGGUGAGGUUGGAGACGGAGAGGGUGAAGAUGGAGAGGGUGAAAAUUUCAGCAGCGACGAUGACGAGGAUAUCCCUUCUACAAGCGCUAGUAAUACCACCAACAGCGCUGGAUUACUACAUUGGGAAGAGUUUCAUAUUAAAUUGCUUCUGAGCGUUAUUCUAGAAAAGGAUGUUCAUAAUAAAAUCAGAAGAGCCGGAAAGAACAACACCUUGAAGGGUAGUAUCUGGUCGCAAACCGUGGAAGAUCUGAAAGAACAUCCUCAGUUCAGGCAAUGUAGUCGUCAAUUUCAAAACGAAAUUGAUAGCAACAAAUGCUCAUCCAACUAUCGAAAGUUGAUAAAUAAGUAUAAGUCACUUGCUGAUCGUCAAUCGCGCGAAACUGGACGUGGGGGUAGUCGUAACACUGAUAAUUGGGUUCAUUUUGAAUCACUUAAAGCAAUAUUGAUUAACGAUGCCAGUUUCAAUCCACCUGUCACCGGUAACUCCGGUUCAGCAUCUACACGUGGUAGCAUUACCACUUCUUCGAGAAAUGGGUUUGUAGUUCGAGAAAACAUUUGUUUAAGAGGAGAGGCUCGGUUUGAGGUGGUUUCAGAAGGGAUCGAUUCACAUACCAGCAGCAGCAGCAGCCCUAACCGAACCCGCAACACCAACAACACCAACAACACCAACAACACCAACAACACCGACAAUACCGACAACACCGACAACACCGACAAUAUCGACAAUAUCGACAGCACCAACAUCCCGAACAGCAGAAAUGAUCGCGCUCACGUUGAUUCCAAUAAUAAUGCUGAUAGACAAACAACCCCAGCUCCAUCAAUUCAUUGUUCAUCAGCAACAGGUUCGACAAAUAGAAAUGAACCAGUAGAUUAUACGGAUGCAUUGGCACACAUUCGUGAGCUUCAUGAGCAGAUGAGAGAAGAAUUGCAGAAUUCAACUAGGGAACUUGUUGCAGCCCUUCUUGGAUCGGACGAGGAAAGGGCCCUGAAGAGAGCUAGAGAAGAGGAAGAGAUGGAGAUAAUUCGUCGACAGGAACGAGACCGUCAAGAAGAGAUGGAAAUGCUGCGUCGACAAGACAGAGAAAGACGAGAAGAUAUGUUAUAUCGUAGAUCCCGGGAUGAUGCUUUGCUUGCCGAAGCCAAAAGAGCAAAUGACAUCUACGAAUCUAGAUCAAAUCAACAAUAA